AUGGAUGUGAGCAAGAUGGAAGGUCUCGAUGAUUUCGAGAAGUCUCUUGCCGCGGAGCAGGCCGAGCGAGAUCGAGAUGGGGAGCGUCGCGAGCGAAAGCAUCGUCAUCGACGGCACCGAGAUGAGGAGAACGAUCGAGACCGCGACCGCGACCACGAUGGAGAUGGGCACAGGAGCAGCAGGCGAGGCCACCACCAUCACCACAGCGGCGAAAGCGACCGUCGCAGGGAGGAAGGUGACAAGGACGGGCACCGUCACAGUUCACAUCGACACCGACGAGAGCGCGACCACGAUGACGAUGAGCAUAGACGCAAGCGAUCGCGGCGCCAACAUCACCAUGAGAAGGAGGGCGACCGCCGGCAUCAUGAGGAUCGCCACUCACACAAGACGAGCGACCCCAAGGAGGACCUUCCAAUUCCCGACGAGGAGAAGCCCUUGAGCGAGAAUGCAGUUGAUGUACCCAAAUCCUCUGCCGCAAGAGACUCAUGGAUGGUCGCGCCGUCGGCCAUAGAAAUCGAUUACAAACACCGCCCAACACAAAAGACGCCGCCGCCCAAGUCGCCCCCUCGACCUCAACGUGUGGUUCAUGCUCGAGAGCUUAACCGACACCUCAACGACGAAGAGUUCCUGGAUGCUAAGCUCGCACCAGGGAAGAAAGAAAGGACUGCCGAUUACAAGUUUGGUGAUGAAGGCUCCUCAUGGCGCAUGGCGAAGCUACGAAAUGUCUUCGCGGCAGCAGAGGAGGACGGCAAGGCAGUGGAAGAUGUCGCUUUGGAGAGGUACGGCAAUCUGGAAGACUUUGACGAUGCGCGGGAGGAGAAAGAAGAGUUGGAGCGCAGGAGGCUCUACGGCGCUGAUUACGAUCUCAAGGAGAAGCCUACAGGCCACUUAUAUCAGAGCCGAGUUCGGGACAUUCGUAAAGGAGAAACACCAUUAGGGCAGCAGAAGCCCACACAGGGAACCAUUAUUCCAGAUGAGGUCCCGGCAGCGGCCCAGGCCAUAGACCAGACUGCACUGAACAGGCUGCGAGCACAGAUGAUGAAGGCGAAGCUUCGGCGGGCCCCUAAUGCAGCUCAGCUGGAGGAGGAGUACCAGCGUGCAGCGGCGGCCUUCGCCUCUAAUGGGCCACCCGAGGCGGUGGUUGUUGGCGCGAUGGAGAGCAGGCUGCUGGCUGGAACACGAGGUGAGGUCAAGGCAGUGACUACGAGGCGUGGCCGUGAGAGAGGCAACGUAGAGGAGAACGAGGAUAUGACCAUUGAGGACAUGGUGCGUGAGGAGAGACGGACCAAGGGCCAGGCUGGCGGCGAGGCACUUCGGCAGGCCGAGCGCAUCGCCAAGGAUGUCAAGUACACCGACGACCUGGACUACAUGGACGACAACGCAGCCAAGCUCGCCAAACGAGUCCACAAGAACGAGACCAACCUGAAGAACAUGGCCAUCAGCGAGCUCCAGAAGGUGAACCGCAUCCUCGACUCGUGCCCCCUCUGCUACCACGAAGACAAGGGCCGCCCUCCCAUCGCCCCCGUCGUCUCCCUCGCUACACGCUCCUUCCUCACCCUCCCCACCGACCCCGAGGUCAGCCCCGGCGGCGCCAUCAUCGUGCCGCUCACCCACCGCAAGAACCUCCUCGAGUGCGACGACGACGAGUGGGAGGAGCUUCGCAACUUCAUGAAGAGCCUGACGCGCAUGUACCACGCCCAGGGCCGCGACGUCGUCUUCUACGAGAACGCCGCGGCCCCGCACCAGCACCGGCACGCGGCGCUCGCGGCUGUGCCCAUCCCCUACGAGGAGGGCGCCAUGGCCCCCGCCCACUUCCGCGAGGCGUUCCUGUCGUCGGACGCCGAGUGGUCGCAGCACCGGCCCGUCAUCGACACGCAGAAGGCGGCCGAGGCGGGCGGCAUGGGCCGGUCGGCGUUCCGCAGGAGCAUCGCCAAGGAGAUGCCGUACUUUCACGUGUGGUUCACGCUGGACGGCGGGCUAGGCCAUAUUGUCGAGGACGGGGGCGGCAAGUGGCCGAAGGGGGACAUCUUUGCCCGCGAGGUGAUUGCGGGCAUCGUCGGUGCCGAGCCGCACAUCGCUAAGAAGCAGGGGAGGUGGGUUGCCGGUGGUGAGGGGGCGCGCGUGGAGAGGUUUACCAAGGAUUGGAGGAAGUAUGACUGGACGAGGGUGUUGGGGCAGUAA